AAUAAUAAUAAUAAAAUUUAAGACAAGAGCCUAUAUAUAUGGUCUAAGAGUGAAAACUCUUUCACUAAAACCAAAAAACAAAAGAGCAAAGCUCUCUUCUCUUCUUCACAAUGUGGUUUGGAAACAGAAUUCUCUCAACAACUCAGUUGUCCAAAAUGUCGAUAGUGGUGGCCAUAGUUCUAGCUCUGUUGACCACAAAUAAUGGAGUCGAAGGGCAACAGGGCAAGAUAGGGAGCUUCGAGUACAUGGCAAUGAGUUGCAGAUCCCACAGUGCAUCGUUGACUGAUUUUGGAGGAGUUGGAGAUGGAAGAACAUCAAAUACGAAGGCGUUUCAGGCCGCCAUGAAUAGUCUGAGUCGUUUCUCGUCGAGUGGAGGGUCUCUUCUCUUUGUUCCACCGGGAAAAUGGCUCACCGGAAGUUUCAGUCUCAUCAGCCAUUUCACUCUGUAUCUCCACAAGGACGCUGUUCUUCUAGCUUCUCAGAAUGAAAAUGACUGGCCAAUAAUUAAACAAUUACCAUCAUAUGGUAAAGGUAAAAACGGAGAAAUCGGACGAUUCAGAAGUCUUAUUUAUGGAACCAAUCUUAAUGACGUCAUAAUCACCGGGGACAUGGGGACGAUUAAUGGUCAAGGUGAUAUAUGGUGGAAGAAGUCAAAAAGUCUCAGGUACACUCGGCCGUGUCUGAUCGAACUCGUCUACUCUACAAAUGUUCAGAUUUCUCGUCUGAAUUUGCUCAAUUCUCCUUCUUGGAACAUUCAUCCUGUUUAUUCCAGUAACAUUAUUAUUCAAGGCCUUAGGAUCAUUGCUCCAAUAAACUCUCCAAAUACAGAUGGAAUCGAUCCAGACUCAUGCACAAACAUCAAAAUCGAAGACUGCUUUAUAGUGUCCGGGGACGAUUGUGUGUCAUUAAAGAGCGGUUGGGACCAGUACGGCAUAGCCUUCGGAAUGCCGACCAAACAGGUCAUAAUCAGGCGCCUCACUUGCUCAUCUCCACAACAAGCAGUGAUCACCUUGGGCAGUGAAAUGUCCGGCGGAAUCGAAGACGUUAGGGUCGAAGACAUCGUCACCACCAACACCAAGUCCGGCGUUCGGAUCAAGACCACCGUCGGCCGAGGUGGGUUCGUAAAAGACAUCUAUUUCAGAAGAAUGAACAUGAAAUAUAUGAGACAUGUGCUGCUGAUGACUGGUGAUUACAGCACCCACGCUGACCAUGGCUACGACCACAAGGCUUUUCCUUUGGUUCAUAACAUCAACUACCGUGACAUUGUUGCUCAGAGUGUGAGAAUGACUGCCCAGUUGGAUGGGAUUUCUGGGCACCCUUUUACUGGAAUGUGCUUCUCUAAUGUCACGGUUUCACUGUCUGCCAUUGCUGAGAAAGUUCAGUGGAAUUGCUUGGAUGUUAGUGGCGUUUCGAGUGGUGUGGUUCCUAAGGCUUGUGGGCUCUUGAGUGACCAGCAGAAGACGACUUGUUAUUUCCCUAAUGAUGUCUUGCCUAUUGAGAAGGUUGUACUCAAGAAGUGCUAUGUCUAAGGCUAGUUAUUGUUUAGUGUGUUUUGUGAAAUGAAAUAAUGUUUUUAUUUAAUCAUAAUAAAACAAUAUAUGGGUUCAUCUUUAUACCCAUGUCUAUGUGUGCAUCACAUGAUUCAUUUUUAAUGCUUUUAUCUUCAACGAAAUAUAGAGGUGAUGCCCUUUUUGUUUU